AUGUUCUCGAACAGUAGUAGUUUCUUUGGCACAUCGUCAGUCCUUAAGGAGCAGGAUGUUUUGCGCGAAACAGAACGACAUCGCGCUAAACGAAGCAGUGUACGUAAACAAUCACUAGGAAUUGGAUCGCAUAUAAAUGUAAGAAAAUUCAUCAAAAUAUUGGCUUUCCAUGAAAUUCAGAAUGGCCUUACCCGUUUGCGUACACGGGUAAGGACGGUGGCUGGAAUGAGAUUGUCAAGUUUAACAUUGGUAGACGAAGAAGCCACGGUUGAAGUCGUCGUAUUCACUCAUCAGUACACUGCCGAUCCGACGUUAGCAUGGGAAAUGCUGAAGGAGAAACGGCCGGUGAAGCCGGUGAGGCAGAUGAAACUGGACACUCCAAUCAGGCCAGAUCACGUUCGGUUCGUAUGCAUUGGCUGUACCCACGGGGUCAAAAUUGACCCAGCAAAUUUACCGCCAGGCGACGUGCUACUUGUCGCUGGAGACUUCACUUCAUGUGGUUUACCGAAUGAAGUGUCGUCAUUCAAUAAAAAGCUUGGGCAAUUAAAACAUCCCUAUAAAGUCGUCAUCGCUGGCAAUCACGAGUGCACGUUUGACGACUCAUUUCUUCGGGCCUCAAGUCGAGAGCUCCAUGCUAAGGAGAUGGCAUUGAGACAAGCUUUGCUAUCGUCACUGUCAUCGUCCACAAGUCGUUAA